AUGGAUCCAUUGAUUAAACGCGGUAGACACAUAUCUGAUGCGACUAAUGAGGCGCUGGAUCAGGACUUGUACCGAGUAAUAAGGGGUCGUGUGAAUGGUUUAAAGAAAGCUCCGGAUGCACGAUUGGUGCCGUACUUGGAGCAAGCCAGUUUUGGGACUGCAACGAAGAUCCGGGUCUCCGACUUGUUCUAUGAUUUAUUAUCCGCGCUAGUGGAGCGGUGGCGCCCGGAGACCCACACUUUUCAUUUUCCGUGUGGGGAGUGCACGGUGACCUUGGAGGAUAUUGCAAUGCAGCUUGGGCUCCAAAUUGACGGGAGGCCCGUAACGGGAAUAUCUUCAUUUACCGAUCCGGCUGCACUUUGUUAUCAGCUCUUAGGAGACUCGUCAGGGGACGACGAGUCAAAUUUUACGAGCUUAAAAUUUACAUGGCUGAAAGCCAAAUUUGGACAAUUAUCAGCGACUGCCACUGAAGGUGAGUUGAUGUGCACUACUCGAGCGUACAUCAUGCAUAUCAUAGGGGGAGUACUCAUGCCCGAUGCAAACAACAACAAGGUGCAUUUGAUGUACUUGCCCCUACUAGUUGAUUUGUCCAGUGUAGGUUCGUAUAGCUGGGGCUCCGCCGUGUUAGCAGUGUUGUAUCGGGAGCUUUGUCGGACGACAAACCCGGAUGUUGUAGACAUGGCGGAUGCCUCACAUUGCUGCAGUCCUGGGCGUUGUAUCGGAUGCCAUUUUUGGCAUCGGUUAGUCACCAACCGUGGAGUGUUCGUCCGGGUAUCGGGAGGUCGCACACUGUCCCGAUAUACUGACUCAUGCUGGAACAGCAUGCCCGAGAAGGGGUAA